CAAGUCAGAAAUGCCAAGUUGCAUGUGAUUGAAACUGAGAUUACUGCACUCUUUAUUUUUCCACCAUAUAAGAUCUUGAAUCAUGAAGCCUGCAGCUCUAGCAGAUGUUCAGGAACUUACAAAAAAAAUUGAAGCUGUUUCUGAUCAGAUCAAGUACAUGGUUAUUAAUGAAAAGACAAUCAGAAGAUAUUUAAGGGCUUUCCGGAGUGUUGAUGCAGCUUACGAGAGAAUACUAGAAACAGAUGCAUGGCGAGGAAAGUUUGAUGUCACAGCCAUUACCGCAGAAUCCCCAAGCAUUAAAAGAGUAGAAAAAACAAAAAUUGCUGUGAUCUUAAAUGAACGAGACAAGAAGAAGCGACCAGUGAUCUACGUUGCUGUUCGAAAUCACAGCAUUUACAACCGUGAUGUUAAUGACAUGACCCAAUAUAUUGUGUACAUCCUUGAGGAAACUUGUAAGAGAUGCAUCGAGGAAGAAAUGGAUAACUUGUGCAUUUUGUUUGACAUGAAGAAUUUCAGUCUUUCCUGCAUGGACUACCCAAUGCUUAAGACUCUGUUUGAGAUCAUGACAGACCACUACCCUGAAAGGCUGGGUGUUUGCUUGAUUCUGAAUGCACCCUUCAUCUUCUCUACCUGUUGGCCCAUUAUCCGUGCCUGGCUCGAUGAAAAUACAGCCAGCAAGAUACAGUUCAUUAAGCAAGUAAAUGACCUCAAUUCUUACAUUGAUCCUGGAGUCCUCCCACGUGAUAUGUAAGCCUUUGCAACUGCAGUGUAUUUUUUUGCUCUCUCUUUUUUUUUUACCUAAACCUCUACUGUUUCCAUAAACUUAAAUUUUUCCUAACACAUGCUUGCUGUAAUGUGCUCUGUUGAAGACAAUAAUUAACCUCCCUCAGAUUUUCUCUACCUCAAUGCCUGUAAGGUAACUCAUAUUUACCAUUUGCUUUGGUUAUAAUUGUCAGAUGGCUGUCUAUUUUCAUUUUGCUAAAAAAGUAAUGCAAGACUAGUUCAGGAUGUACUAUAGUCUCUGUGUAUCAUUAUGGCAAUUUUGGAAAGUAUGCUCUUCAACAUGAAAUGUGAGCUAUUUUUCACAUGUAGUAUAACAUUUCAAUAUUUCAUUUUAAGCUUUUUGAUUUAUAAAAAUGGCCAGUAUUGAUCCAUUGUAUAGUUUAUUCAUAACAGGUAUUCUGGUUAUUACCUUCUGACUAAGAAUAAAGUCCAAAUUAAUUUUCAGACAUCUUUAUGGGAUAAAAAGCAUAGUAAUUAAAUUUUGGCAUAUCACCAAAGAGGUCACCUGCAAUAAAUAAAUCUAACCCUCUCACUCUGGGAUGACAUCCCAUCACGUCAUGCCUGACCUUCCCACUGGGAUGACGUACCAUCACAAUAUAUGCAAUUGAAGCUGUUCUAAAUUGUGCAUGCAAUACAGUUUUCUUGUUUGGCCCUGGAUGGUCAUUGAGACCUUCAAAGGUAGACCUAUAGCUUUGUUCAACCCUUAUUAGCUAAGGAAAAAUUAUGCCACUCCUAAAAAUAUGUAAAACAAGGUAAAUCUAUGCUCCUGCACUUUUAAUUUUUUCAUCAAGCUACAUACUCCAGUAUGUGAUUAGGUAUGGCAUUGGGAGCUUCCAUUCUGAAAAGGUUAAUACAUUUACUGAUCCCAUGGUUCCAUGAUGUUUCCGCAGUGGCAAAGGUCAGUGCAGCAGAGUGAGAAUCUGGAUGUUUGUCGUACUCCUCAAACAUUGUAUAUAUGACCAAUAAAGUUUUGUGCCAUGGGUGGUACAUAUGGUGAUGCAUCAGUCUUAACAGUCUGAGCAGUGCCACAUGAGCCACCUGUAGUCAUAAAAUCCUAUGGUGGUGUACCAUAGAGUAAUUUCACUGAAACUAGAUAAAACAUAAUGUUCUUUUGCAGUCAUUCCUUUGCUUCAUAAUAAAAGAAUAUAUGAAUCCAUUUUCAAGAAUACUAGUUUUAUGUGGUGCUGUGAUUGAGACUUUUUUUAUUUCAUUUUCUUGUUAAAAUUCAUAGUUCUUUUUUUAUUUGUAAUAGCAGUGUAAAGAAAAAAUGCAUUCUACUUUUAUUAUCACUAAAAAGAAAUAUAAUUGAAUUUCAGAGGAUACUAAAUUUGCCUAUCUAGAAUUAGAGAAAGCUAUAACCUUUUUUGUAAGGUAAUAAUCUAACAUUGCUAUGAAUUGAAAUCUUUCAGUGUUAUAAUUUUGAGCAAAUUCAUAUUUAAGCUUUCUUUGAAUUAAAUGUUUAUAAGUCAGACAUUUGGGUGUAAAUACAGUAUUAUAUGUUUUAUUUUCCAUAAAUAAGUUAUUUUGUUAAGCAUCAGAACAGUAACCAUGCUUUUCCCAACCAAAUAUUCAAUUUAUUAAAUACUAAUCCUGAGUGAAAAAAGGUCAGUAAUGUAUCUUCAUAAUAGGUAUUCUGGUUAUUACCAACAUACUAAAAGUAAAACCCUAGUUAAUCUUUAGAUUUUUCUCUGCAGAAUAAAAUCAUGAAAUGAGGAACAAUAUAUUCAUAAUAAUUCAGUUAAGAUAGAGCAUUUGUGGAAACUUUUUACGGCAAAUAUUUAGGUUAAUUAAUUAUACUUUUCAGUUUUGUUAACAGGCCAACAUCUUCAGAAUAUUUGGACAAUUUCAAAUUAAAAAUCUAAUUUGUGUAGUAUAGGUACACAGAUAUUUGAUAUGAAAAUUCAAGUCCACCAGUGAUGGUAUUUUUAUGUACAGUAUGUAUAAUGGGGUUUAAGGGGUUUAAGGUCAAUAAUAAAAAAGUACUCAAGCACCAAAGACACAUUACCACAAGUCAGGUGUGUUACAUAUAGUUUUGAUAUACUUCUUAUUCCACUUACACAGAUAUUACUACAGUUUUAUUUGUAAAAAAUAAAAUUUGUUUCUUGA